GUGUGCCGGACGCGCGUCUACACCAACCACUGGGCAGUCAAAAUCGCCGGCGGAUUCCCGGAGGCCAACCGCAUUGCCAGCAAGUACGGCUUCAUCAACGUAGGACAGAUCGGGGCCCUGAAGGACUAUUACCACUUCUACCAUAGCAGGACGAUUAAAAGGUCAGUUCUCUCGAGCAGAGGAACCCACAGUUUCAUUUCAAUGGAACCAAAGGUGGAGUGGAUCCAACAGCAAGUGGUGAAAAAACGGACCAAGAGGGAUUAUGACUUCAGUCAUGCCCAGUCUACUUACUUCAAUGAUCCCAAGUGGCCGAGCAUGUGGUAUAUGCACUGCAGUGACAACACGCACCCCUGCCAGUCGGACAUGAACAUUGAAGGGGCCUGGAAGCGAGGCUACACGGGAAAGAACGUGGUGGUGACCAUCCUGGACGACGGCAUUGAGAGGACGCACCCGGACCUGAUGCAGAACUAUGAUGCUCUGGCCAGUUGUGACGUGAAUGGGAAUGACUUGGACCCAAUGCCUCGUUAUGAUGCAAGCAACGAGAACAAGCAUGGGACCCGCUGUGCUGGAGAAGUGGCAGCCGCAGCAAACAACUCUCACUGCACAGUCGGAAUUGCUUUCAAUGCCAAGAUCGGAGGAGUCCGAAUGCUGGACGGGGAUGUGACAGACAUGGUGGAGGCGAAGUCAGUCAGCUUCAACCCCCAGCACGUGCACAUCUACAGUGCCAGCUGGGGCCCCGAUGACGACGGCAAGACCGUGGACGGCCCAGCUCCACUCACCCGGCAGGCCUUUGAAAACGGCGUCAGAAUGGGGCGGAGAGGCCUGGGCUCUGUUUUUGUCUGGGCGUCAGGCAAUGGCGGAAGGAGCAAAGACCACUGCUCCUGUGACGGCUACACCAACAGCAUCUACACCAUCUCCAUCAGCAGCACAGCCGAGAGUGGAAAGAAGCCGUGGUACCUGGAAGAGUGUUCCUCCACACUGGCCACAACCUACAGCAGCGGAGAGUCCUACGAUAAGAAAAUAAUCACUACGGACCUGAGGCAGCGGUGCACGGACAACCACACGGGGACAUCUGCCUCGGCUCCCAUGGCUGCGGGCAUCAUUGCACUGGCCCUGGAAGCCAAUCCGUUUCUGACCUGGAGAGACGUGCAGCAUGUUAUUGUCAGGACUUCCCGUGCAGGACAUUUGAACGCUAAUGACUGGAAAACCAAUGCUGCUGGUUUUAAGGUGAGCCAUCUCUAUGGAUUUGGACUGAUGGAUGCAGAAGCCAUGGUGAUGGAGGCGGAGAAGUGGACCACUGUUCCUCAGCAGCACGUGUGUGUAGAGAGCACAGACCGACAAAUCAAGACAAUUCGCCCCAACAGUGCCGUGCGCUCCAUCUACAAAGCGUCGGGCUGCUCGGAUAACCCCAACCACCAUGUCAACUACCUGGAGCAUGUAGUUGUGCGCAUAACCAUCACCCAUCCCAGGAGGGGUGACCUGGCCAUCUACCUGACCUCACCCUCAGGAACCAGGUCCCAGCUUUUGGCCAACAGGCUUUUUGACCACUCCAUGGAAGGAUUUAAAAACUGGGAGUUCAUGACUAUUCACUGCUGGGGAGAACGAGCUGCUGGCGACUGGAUCCUUGAAGUCUACGACACUCCCUCCCAGCUGAGGAACUUCAAGACUCCAGGUAAAUUGAAAGAAUGGUCUUUGGUGCUCUAUGGCACCUCCGUCCAGCCAUACUCACCAACCAACGAGUUUCCUAAAGUGGAACGUGUCCGCUACAGCCGAGUCGAAGACCCCACCGAUGACUACGGUACAGAGGAUUAUGCAGGUCCCUGCGACCCUGAGUGCAGUGAGGUUGGCUGUGAUGGGCCAGGACCGGACCACUGCAAUGACUGUUUGCACUACUACUACAAGCUGAAAAACAACACCAGGGUCUGUGUCUCCAGCUGCCCCGCGGGCCACUACCACGCCGACAAGAAGCGGUGCAGGAAGUGUCCUCCCAACUGUGAGUCGUGCUUUGGCAGCCAUGGCGACCAGUGCCUGUCCUGCAAACAUGGCUACUUCCUGAGCGAAGAGACCAACAGCUGUGUCCCUCACUGCCCUGAUGGAUCAUACCAGGACACCAAGAAAAAUAUUUGCCGGAAAUGCAGUGAAAACUGCAAGACAUGUACUGACUCCCACAAUUGUACAGAAUGUAGGGAUGGAUUAAGCCUGCAGGGAUCCCGGUGUUCCAUCGCCUGUGAGGACGGACAGUACUUCAACGGCCAGGACUGUCAGCCCUGUCACCGCUUCUGCGCCACCUGUGCUGGGGCGGGUGCUGAUGGGUGCAUUAACUGCACGGAGGGCUACUUCAUGGAGGAUGGGAGAUGUGUGCAGAGCUGUAGUAUCAGCUAUUACUUUCACCACUCUUCGGAGAAUGGAUACAAAUCCUGCAAAAAAUGUGACACCAGCUGUUUGACGUGCAAUGGUCCAGGGUUCAAGAACUGUACGAGCUGCCCCAGUGGGUAUCUCCUAGACUUAGGAAUGUGUCAGAUGGGAACCAUCUGCAAAGACGGAGAAUACGUUGAUGAGCAUGGCCACUGCCAGAUCUGUGAAGCCUCAUGUGCCAAGUGCUGGGGGCCGACCCAGGAAAACUGCCUUGACUGUCCCGUUACAAGGGUUUUGGAUGAUGGCCGCUGCGUUUUGGACUGUCCCUCAGGAAAAUUUGCAUUGAAGAACCAAUGCCAUCUAUGCCACUACACUUGCCAAGAAUGCCAGGGAAACGAGCCUUCCAACUGCACCUCCUGUGGAGUAGAUAAGCAAGGCCAGGAGCGCUUCCUGUACCGGGGGGAGUGUCAUGAGAGCUGCCCAGCGGGGCACUACCCUGCAGAGGAGCACGUCUGCCUCCCCUGCCCAGAUAACUGUGAGCUUUGCCACAGCGCAGACUUCUGCACGCGAUGCACAAAUGGCUACUUCAUGGCGUCCACCAACCACACCUGCCAGAAGUUAGAGUGCGGACCAGGGGAAGUCCAAGACCCAGACCUUGGAGAAUGUGUGCCUUGCGAAGAAGGAUGUUUGGGAUGCAGCUUGGAUGACCCAGGAAUCUGCACAUCAUGCGUUACGAGGUAUUACAUGUUUGAACAUCACUGCUACAAAUCCUGCCCUGAGAAGACCUACACUGAAAACUCUGAAUGCAAAGCGUGCACUGCCAACUGUGACAUCUGUGACCAGAAUGGGUGUUACUGGUGUGAAGAGGGCUUCUUCCUCCGGGGUGGCAGCUGCGUGAGGAAAUGUGGGCCUGGCUCCUACAGCGACACAGAGAUGGGCAGCUGUGAGCCCUGCCACCGAGCCUGUGAAACCUGCACCGGCCUGGGCCAUGACGAGUGCAGCAGCUGCCCACCGGGACUCCAGCUGCUGCAGGGGACCUGCGUGGCUCCCACCCAGGCCCAGACAGAAGGCACAUUCUGGAAUGACGUUUUAAGAAAGCAGCAGCCGUGUCAUUCCUCUUGUAAAACCUGCAAUGGAUCUGAAACCCUGUGCACUUCAUGCCCGAAAGGCGCAUAUCUGUUGGCUCAGGCCUGCGUCGCCUCCUGUCCCGAAGGCACGUGGCCCUCAGUGAGGAGGGGCAGCUGUGAGAACUGUACAGAGGCCUGCGCCUCCUGCUCUGGAGCCGAUCUCUGCGACAAAUGCCAGACGCAGCUGGAACACCCUCUCUUCCUCCACGAAGGCAGGUGCUACACUGGGUGCCCUGAGGGCUUCUAUGCAGAAGAAGGCAUAUGCAAACGCUGUAGCUCCCCUUGCAGAAAAUGUGAAGGAAAUGCCACCAACUGCCAAGCUUGUGAAGGGAGCCUUGUCCUGGACCAGGGAGUGUGCCAGGAAACCUGCUCUGAGAGGCAUGUGGCCGUGGAGGGGGUGUGCAAGCAUUGCCCAGAGAUGUGUCAGGAGUGCAUCCAUGAGAAAAUCUGCAAAGAGUGCAUGCCUGCCUUCUUUCUACACAAGGAUAUGUGCCAUCAGUCCUGUCCCCAGCAGUUCUACAAGGAUGAAGACACCCACCAAUGCCUCCCCUGCCACAAAGACUGUCUGGAGUGCAGCGGCCCCUCAGCAGACAACUGCGACCUCUGUGCUAAGUACUUCACCGUUCUCUAUGACGGGCAGUGCUUGUAUAGGUGUCCAGCAAGAACUUACUAUGAAAGAAAGACUAAUGAAUGCAAAGAUUGCCCCAGCUCCUGCCAGACCUGCUCAUCACCUGGCACCUGCACAACCUGUGUGGAAGGCCUGAGGCUGAACAGCCACGGGGACUGCGAGCCUCACAAGGAAUGUGCCCCCUCCGAGUACUGGGAUGAGGCGGCUCUGGGCUGCAAGCCCUGUCACACCAAGUGCUUCCGCUGCACGGGGCCCUCUGAGGACCAGUGUCACACCUGCCCGAGGGACAGCCUCCUCCUCAACAUGACCUGUGUGCAGGACUGCCCUGAGGGCUACUACACUAAUGAAGACAGCCACCGUUGUGACCCCUGCCACAGCUCUUGUAAGACAUGUGAAGGGCGACACAGCACACAGUGCCUCUCCUGCCCACCAGGCUGGUUCCAGAUGGGAAAAGAGUGCCUGCCCCAGUGCAGGGAAGGAUAUUAUGCAGCAAACUCCACUGGACGGUGUGAGAGAUGCAACAAGAGCUGCAAGGCCUGCAGGGGCCCGAGGCCCACCGACUGCCUGUCUUGCGAUACAUUUUUCUUUCUGCUCCACUCCAAGGGCGAGUGCCGUCGCACCUGCCCAGAUCAUUAUUAUGCAGACCAAAAGACACAGACCUGUGAGAGAUGCCAUCCGACUUGCCAUGAAUGCAAAGGAAAAGGAGCGUUGCAGUGCUUAUCCUGUGUGUGGAGUUACCACCUGGCAGGAGGAAUCUGCACCUCAGACUGUGUUGUGGGGGAAUACAGAGUGGGAGAGGGGGAGAAAUUUAACUGUGAAAAAUGCCACGAGAGCUGUAUAGAAUGCAAAGGACCUGGCGCCAAGAACUGUACUAUGUGCCCCGCCAACCUGCUGCUGGUCAUGGAUGACAGCCGUUGUCUGCACUGUUGCAACACCUCUGAUCCCACGGAUACCCAGGACUGCUGUGACUGCCAGAAUACCACAGACGAGUGCAUCCUUCCAGCAAGUGAGAUGGGGUCUGCCCCUGAGCAUUCGAAGACAGCCUUGCUCGUCACCUCCUUUAUUAUGCUGGUGCUUCUGAUUGGGGCAGCUGUGAUCGUCUGGAGGAAAUCGCGGGGCCGAGCCCAGCCAGUAGAGAAGGGCUAUGAAAAGCUGGCUGACCCUAGCAAGUCUUACUCCUCCUAUAAGAGCAACCAUCGCGAGAGCACCAACUUUGAAGAGGAUCAGGUGAUUGAGUACAGGGACCGUGACUUUGAUGAGGAUGACGAGGAUGACAUAGUCUACAUGGGCCAGGAUGGCACUGUCUACCGGAAAUUUAAGUAUGGGCUGCUGGAUGAUGAUGAUGAAGAUGAGCUGGAAUACGAUGAUGAGAGCUACUCCUACGAGUAAACAGAGGCCACCCACCCCCUCCUACUCACAGGCAUGCUCGUGAGCAUCACAGUUUGGGGUUUUAUCCUCACGCACCAGGGGGAUGUGUGGGUGUUUGCAUCUGUUGUCUUCACCAUGAUUCCAACUAGAUUAUGUAAGAAUGCUGAAACAUUUCAUUCAUCCUUUGAGUGGCUAAACCAAAUAAACCAGAAUCGUUCAACCCUCACUGAGGAACAAGGAUAAAAUCUCGAAGGAUUUUCUUCACAAAAUACUAGUAUGUCCAGACACAAAACACAGGAAGUAAAAACAAGUGAGAUGUGUACAAACUGUUCUUUGUGACUUUUAUUUUUCCUAAAAAAGGAAAUGGACCUAUAGAAAAUCUGUUUCAUGGCUGUAUUGUGGAGAUAUCUACUGCCUCUGGAAUUCUGUCAAUGAUUUUGGGGGGUAAGGAGAUGAAUUGUUUAUCUUAGGGGAUUAGUCUCCCAAUAGCUCUCUUUAGGCAGAUAUUCGUUCUGUAAGGGCAACUAAAGAAGGUUCACCUCUUCAUGCUAUUUAACAAUUGACUCCAGACCGCCUCUGGUGAACAAAAGAGACCACCUCUGCUGAGGCUGGUCACGACCUAUUUAGAGAUGAGGAAAGAAAAGGAGGUAGCAUCGCAGCUGAGGAAUCAUGUGUUUGCUAGGCUCUGGUUCAUCUGCAUUAAUCCAGAGUCAUCUUGAUUCUAAGAGCAAAGCCAGUGCAGGCAAGAGAUAGCAGCAAAUCCAGGAGGAAAGAAAUCACUAACUUUCCAAGAAUUGCAGCAUUACACCCUCAUGAUUUUCUAAGAGUGUUUCUGGUUGGAAACAUCAACUAACACAUCAAGUAAUAAAAACAUAAUGGCUGUGUUAACCGAACAUAAAAUGGAUAGAAUGACCAAAACUCUAAAAAAAAGGACUUUAGCUACUCAGAGAGCUUUCAUCAAUAGCCUGUCAUGGAACUGUGGACUCUCCAUAGAAAAGUUGAAAUGGAGUCUCACAUGGAAAAUCCCAACUUUCUACUCACUAAUUUGAUCCAGGUGCUGACCAGCCUUCCAACACCUUUUGUCCCGGUGAUUUUUGUUUCUAGACAUUCUAUGCCUCCAUUUUUCCACUGUCCUGUCAAGUACAUGCUGGAAUUCAUGCAUCCGGGACACUUUUUCUGCAGAUAAUGCAGAGAGAGGGACUCUUUGCUGUCCUCUUAAGAAAUAACUUAAGCAGGGUUUUAUGGACUUCCUGGUCAAAACAGAAGUCAUAGACACCAGGAAUAGAUAACCACUUCUGGUUAGAAAGUGACGUUUUCGGAUGAUAAUGCUAAUUAU